AAGCAUUUUGACCCUGCGGCGGACCCGUCCGUGCCACGUCACAUACUACAGGGGCCGCAGUUAUGGCGUUUACCCUGUAUUCCCUGCUCCAGGCCGCUCUGCUAUGUGUUAAUGCGAUCGCCGUGCUGCACGAGGAGCGCUUCCUGAGCAAGAUUGGCUGGGGAACAGACCAAGGGAUUGGAGGAUUCGGUGAGGAUCCGGGAGUAAAAUCACAAAUGAUGAAUCUUGUGCGAUCAGUGCGGACGGUAAUGCGAGUGCCAUUAAUAGCUGUGAACUCUGUAACCAUCGUGCUGCUUUUACUGUUUGGAUAAAGAAGGGAUAGAGAGAACAGACCAGAGGGAAGCACACCAGUCAUAGACGAAUACAGCUGGGCUACAGCUUUUGGCGAACGGCUAAAUCCAACACUGGACAUCAUCUGCUAAAACUAUUACAACAGCACUUCCUGUUGGUGGCUGAUCCCUGAAAAAAAGAAGAUACUCUGCAGUGUGAUAUGGAGAUACUGACUCACUUUAUAUAGCAAGACUAUAGCAGAAAAAUCACUUUCUACAGUUUGACAUCAAUGGUGUGAACGCCCAGCCCCUGUUUGUAAAACAUUAUUUAGCGUAUUCGGAUCUAGCUUGAACUUCAAUUGUGUUAGUAUUUUUCUACUCCUAGGCAAACAUGGUAGUCUAGUAAUCUUCAGCUGGUCUGAUAACAUACUCUUAAGUAUAGAGGAGAAAUCAGGGCUGAGCUUCUAUAUAGUUAUGCAGACUAGUCCAUUAGUUUUCACAACAAACUGGUUAAUUGCAGGCUCUAAAGUUAAUCAGUCUUGUAGAGAGGUAGUGGUUAUUUAAGGGACAGCACCCCUCUUUUUAAAACUUUUACUUUAUCCGCACUCCCAGAGACGCCAAAUAGGAAAAACCAGCUAUUAGGUUAUACAAUUUUUUUGCUUUUUGGCUUCUUUAGGGGGCAUAGGACAAAGCACGGUAUUUAUUUAAUGUCCCUUUAGUUUUCUGACCAUAUGAUGUAUUCCACGGCUGACAGAUGUUGCCUGAAAGUUUGAUGUUAAAGUGCUCAGUAUGUUCCAUAAAUAAAUUCCUGUUAAUGUUUACAAAGUGCAGCCAUGGUAUUGAUAUAAUGUGUACAUUUGAGCUGUUUAAAAACAAAAAAUGAUCAGCUUUUCCUUUCUUUUUUUGUCUUGUGUUUUAAUGUUCAGCCAUAUCAUUUUAAACGCAAUAUAAUUCAUAUGUCAUGGUCUUAAUAAAUCUCAAAUUGUGUUCAUUGUAAA